AGUCCUCCGGCGACAGUUUGGAGCCCGGUAGUUGAACGGUCGAGAUGUUUCACGUGUUCUCUCGAUCCUCCUCCAGCGCCCGGUGGCGUCCACAGGAAGCCGAGGCCGAACGGCGAGCGGGAUGGAUCUUCGUUUGUGCCCCGCCUCGCCCGCCCCCCUCACCGGCAGGGCGACCCCGUCAGUCUGAGGGACGUGUCCGACCUCCUGCAGUACGUCACGCUGGGGAGAACCCACGGCACGGACCCGCCCAGGUACCGCGGCCGCGUCCCGAACCGCUCUGGACCUUUACCUGCUCGGACUCCGCCCCCCGACCCCCCCCGUGUACCCUGUGUGUGUGUGUGUGUGUGUUCUAUAGCUGGUGUGAGCUGCGGGAGCCGGGCGUGGUGAAGCGAGUGCACCUGCUGGUCCUGGAGGGCGUGUCCCAGCUCCACUUCUACAGAUACUACUCUCAGUUCCGGGAGCUCCGGAGCAGGUACAGCACGAGAUGCACCCUGACGCCCCCCUCAGGCGACCCGCUGUCCGAACUCUUCAACACAGACCUGCCAGAACCUCGGGGCUCCGCCCACUCCAGCACGAGCUCCACUACACCGCCCCCUGCAGACGUCCUCCUGCACCCCGUGUCUCGGCGUUUCGGGCUGAAGACGGGAGGACUGAGCAGCUUCCUGCUGAGCGAGGACGAGAUGAUGAGGAGGAACUUCCCCGUCAGAGGUGGGCGUGGCUUCGAGGAGUUCGUGAGCACGCGAGCUGUGGAUCAUGUGACGGUCGGAAGCCCCCUGUACGGCCUGGACUGUGAGAUGUGCAUGACACACGAAGGACAGGAGCUGACCCGCGUCGCCAUGGUGACCAGUACUGGGCAGUGCGUGCUGGACGAACUGGUGAAGCCGCUCAACCCCAUAAUCAACUACUGCACCAAGUUCUCAGGAAUCACGCGCUCCAUGCUGAAACCCGUAACCACGCGACUACAGGACGUCCAAUCGAAGCUCGCGGAUCUGUUGCCGGGAGACGCGGUGCUGGUCGGCCACUCCCUCGAUAACGACCUGCGCGCGCUCAGGAUGAUCCACCCUCACGUCAUCGAUACGUCGCUGCUGUACCGUAGAGAGUUCGGACAGAGGUUCAAACUCAAACAUCUGGCUCAGGUGGUCCUGAGGAAGGAGAUCCAGAGUGAGGACAGGAAAGGUCACGACCCCUGUGAAGACGCCCGAGCUGCUCUGGAGCUGGCUCAGUACUUUAUUAACAAGGGACCACGCCAGGUAGUUGAAUCUCAUCUACUGGAUCUGUGGGGAGUUCAGCCCUCUACUGUUAAUGGAACCAUAAAUGGAACAACACACACGCAAAGAACCAGCCCACUGAAGUUUGGCCACGCCCUCCACCAAGCCGGCCAAUCAGCACUGGUUCUGGGCAGGUCAGAGUUGCUGGACAGGAUCGCGAGCGGUCAUCUGUGGCGCCGGCAUCACUGUAACACCGAUAAAGAGUGUGUGAGUGUGUUCAGGAGAGCAUCUCAGUCCUAUCCUCUCAGUCUGGUCCAGCUUUCAUCAUACGCCCAGAGACUGAGACAGAGUCCGGACGAGGGGGCGGAGCUGCUGCGGCAGAUGUUGUACAGGAUGAAGCAGAUGUGUGUGGUGUUCGUGGGUCCGUUACCCCCCAGAUACACAGAGAGGAAAAUAUAUACACUGCUGAGACGCUACGGUCCAGUACACACGGUCAGAGUACUGACCACCACUCACACGCUUCACGCUGUGGUGGAGUUUAAACAUCUAGAAGGAGCGGAACUCGCCGUCCAGCAUCUCAGCGGGGUCCAGAUUCAUGGUACUACUGUACAGCUGCGGCGCCCCGUUAGCGAGCUAACUCUGGACCUGGACGCGUCUCUGGUCGAGCUGCAGGACGACGUCACUAACAGUCACAUGAUCUACGUCGCCGGCCUGUCGCCCAGACGCCAUCGCCACGACGACCUCCUCCGGGCCUUCGGCAGGGUCCGUGACAUCACGCCUGCAGAGGAUUCUGGGAGGUGCAGGAGACACGCCCGCCUCAGGUUCCAUUGUGCUGACGGUGUAGCCGCCGCCCUCCACACGCCCGUACACAUCGGGGACAGGAAGCUGAGUGUGUGCCCCGCCCUGACCCCCCCGCACAUGCACACCUGGGUACAUGCACUUCCUGUUACGCCGGAGCCCGGGGACGGAAGUGAGGGGGCGGAGCCUGCAGGACUCACCUGUGCACAGGAUGGAGAGACGAUGGUGGUGAUGGAGAAGCUGGACCGCAGGGUGGGGAGGAUGUUCAGAGCCCUGCAGGAGAACACGCUCAGCAUCGUCAUCCUACCAGGGAGCAGGAGUGCUACAGUGGAACAUCUGGGCCUGUGUUUCCUGGAGGUGAAGCAGCUGUAGGGAGAAACAUCAGGACACCACAACAUCUGGAAUAAACAUCAAUAAACACCUGCAAUAAAGCUCUGGAUUAAACAUUUGUAAUAAACAUCUGUAAUAAACAUCUGUAAUAAA